GUGUGUGUGUGUGAUCCCACUGUUAUUUCUCGGUUCGUGGUGCGCUCUAAUAAUAGAGCAGGCAGACUUCUCCUUUAAGGCCCUUCUUGUUGCACUGCCACCUCUUCAACAUAGUUUGUAGUAAAAAUGGUAAUCAAAGUUUUCCUCGCCACCUCCUCUGGAUCGACAGCGAUCAAAAAGAAACAGCAAGAUGUGGUCGGCUUCCUCGAGGCUCUGAAAGUGGAAUAUGCUGAGCUGGACAUCGCCUGCAACGAGCAGAACCGCAUGUGGAUGAGACAAAAUGUCCCAGAGGAGAAGAAGCCCUCCAACGGUAUCCCACUCCCUCCACAGAUUUUCAAUGAGGAGAGCUACUGUGGGGAUUAUGACACAUUUUUUGAUGCAAAGGAAGACAACACGGUGUAUGCUUUCCUAGGGUUGCCCCCUCCUCCUGGCUCAAAGGAAGCAUUGCAGGCUGAGAAGGAGCACAUUAUGCAAAACGGAACCCAAGAGGAAAACCCUGACGACUCAGUAAAGCAUAAUGGGGAUGCACAAGGAGAGGAGGAGGGACAGGCAGGUGAUGAAGAAGAAGAAGAGAGUGGAAGAGCAGAUGAUGAAGCCACUGAACUAGAAACAUCAAGGGGAGAGGAAGAGGAGGCGGCAGAGGAAGAAACAGAUGAGGAAGCACAAGAAGAAGAGGAUGAAGAGCAAGUGGAUGAGGAGCUGCACUCACAGGAGGAAGAAGAACUACAACAGCUUGAGCAGGACCAAGAUGAACAAGGCAGUGAGGAAGAAGAAGAUACAGAAUUACAAGAGGAAGAAGAGGAGGCUGAGUAGUUACAGUGAUUUCAAGAUGAAGACCAUCUGCUGUCCUGGAGCUCUCUAUUCCAUCUCUGCCUAACCCCAGACGCUUGUCCCACUGUGCCCUCAAAGUUGUUGGCCAGCAACUCCACCUACCAAUUCUGCACUGGAUUCUCCUGGAAACCAUCAGUUACAUGUUUGACUCAUACACCACAUAAAACAAUCCUUUUGGCUGCAAUUUUGACUUUGUUUUUAUAUUUCGCAUUCAAACACAAAUCAUAAUGAAAUUUUGCAGAAGAGCGGAAUGGUGUUUGUAGAAAUCUGCUUUUAUAAAAUGCAAAUUUCUUCAGUUCAGGCACAUUUCUCAUUCUUUACUUUUAGCAAUUGUAAUUGCAAGAAAACCUUAAAGUGACCUUUUCAAAACCUCUUGGCUGUCUCUCUUGUAAAUGUUCUGCUGUAUUAUUCCAGUGUUGUUCCUUAAUUCCUCCUUUUAUCACCUGAAUGCUUUAAGAGACUUAAUGCUCCCCACAAGGAAGAACAAAUGCUGCAAGAUUCAGACUGUCAACUAUUUUUACAAGUACUUCUCUACCUGUAUUCCUGACUAAUCAAUGCACUUUGUUGAACAAAGAGUGAAACGUGUAACUAAGACAUGGAAACAACAAAAAAAUAAACAAUUUUAGAUCGAUAA